GGGUCCUAUUGCACGAAUCUCCUCCACCAUCAUGAAAUUGAAAGAGAUCCACAGGACUUCCACAUUCACCUGGUCUCCGUCCUCCUCUCUUCCUCUUAUUGCGACAGGGACGGUCGCCGGUGCCCUCGACGAAUCGUUCAGCAACGAAAGCCAGCUCGAAAUCUGGGCUCCCAAUUUCCUCGACAAAAAUGAAUUUGACCUGGGGAUACAGGGCCAGUCGGGACCGAAAGGCGCCAUGAAGGAUACAGCGAGGUUCAACCGCUUGACAUGGGGGUACGUCGACAGUAGUCGACUACAGGGGGUCAUUGCGGCGGGUAUGGAGAACGGAGAGCUGGCACUGUGGGAUCCAGCGAAGAUCCUUGCCGGUGAUAGCUCCAGUGAAUCCCUCAUCUUGCGGAAUAACAACCACACCGGACCCAUCAGAGCCUUGGAUUUUAAUCCCUUGCAGACUCACCUCUUGUCGUCGGGUGCCGUUAAUGGAGAGGUCUGUAUAUGGGACCUCAAGGACCCUACGAAGCCAUAUGCUCCGACCCCCGGAUCCAGGAGCACGAAGCUGGACGAGAUUACCUCUGUUGCAUGGAAUCAACAAGUCCCGUAUGUUCUUGCUGGAGCGAGCACGACUGGUUACACCGUUGUCUGGGAUCUCCGAGGGAAGCGCGAGGUCGUUGCCCUCGCGUACGGAGGUGGGGCUGGAACCCUGGCAGGCCAAGUCAGCGCGACGAAUAGCCUUGCUCUUGGUGGUCGAAGAGGAAUGAGCGCCAUUGCUUGGCAUCCAGAUAACGCGACCAGACUUGUUACGGCGUCCGAAGACGAUUCCUCUCCGAUUAUCAUGGUCUGGGACCUUCGUAACGCGCGCGCUCCCGAGAAAAUCCUCACCGGCCACGAGAAGGGCGUUCUGUCUCUCUCUUGGUGCAAGCAAGAUGCUGAUAUGCUCUUGUCUUGUGGCAAGGACAACAGGGCUCUCUGUUGGAACCCCCAAACAUCGGAGAUCAUUGGCGAGCUCCCGAGCGCGUCGAACUGGGCUUUCCAAGUCGAAUGGUGUCCUCGCAACCCUGACCUCCUUGCUACCGCCUUUUUCGACGGUACCGUUGGCAUCCAUUCCAUCCAAUCGACCAAUGAACCACCCGCCGUAGCUACUUCUGCCGCGGCUGGGAAUGGCGCCGACAUAUUUGAUUCCACGGGGUAUUCACAGGCCCAAGGCGGCACCCUUUCCCUCAAGCAGCCGCCGAAAUGGCUGCGACGCCCAGCGUCGAACUCUUUUGGUUUUGGCGGCAAGCUGGUGUCGGUGUCUAACCUUCCUUCUGCACAAGGGAAGCACCAGAGCGCUGUCGUCCAUCUACGAAAAGUCGUCACCGAGCAAGACCUAGUCGUGCAAGCGACGAAGUUGAAGGCGGCCAUCGAAGGAGACUCCCUGAAGGCCUUUGCGCGGGAGAAGGCGGACGGGACGCCUAGUGAGCAGGAGGCGUGGAAGGCUUUGCUCAGUCUCUUCCAAGCGGAUUCUCGAGAUGAGUUGGUGACACUGUUGGGCUUUUCCAAAGCAGAUAUCGCGGCUCGCGUCGCGGAGGCGGUCGAGAAGCUCAAGCUAGCAAAAGAGUCUUCGGAGGAGGAAGUUGAUACUGAGGGAAACGAUUUUGAGUUGAAGCCCCACGAACCUGUGGUCUCGUUUGCCGAAGAACAUACUUUCCACGUUGCGAGUGACGACGAACCUUUUGGAGGGACAAUCGAGAAGACGCCUUCGGAGAUCAGUGCCGAUGCUACCUCUGAGGGUACACGUCUAGCUGACGCUGAGUCUACCACGACGGCGCCUUCUCUGUUUGGUGAUGAUGGUCCAGGAAUGCCUCAGCGAGACGUUGCAGGAGCCGACUUCUUCAGCAGCAUCGGCCUCUCAGGAGAGAGUGUACCUCCUAUGGAUGUACCUCAUACUAACUACGGUAUCGACUCGUCGGUCGCUGCGACUAUUGGUUCUGGACCUUCGUCGGUGACGUCUGAGACAUCGAAGAGCAAUACCUUCAAGAUCUAUCCGGCUGAUGAGUCCGAGACUGAUCGUCUGGUUACCAAGGCUCUCGUCCUUGGCGACUUUGACUCUGCUGUGUCGUUGUGUCUUUCCUCGGACAGAUUCGCAGACGCUAUCCUUCUCGCAGCAAGAGGAGGUCCCGAGCUUUUGCAACGGACCCAAAAGACGUACUUUGACCGCCGUACCAACACCUACCCCUACCUCCGACUCUUCCAGUCCAUCGUCACCAACGACUUGUCUGACAUUGUUCAAAACGCGGGUCUGCAGGAAUGGCAAGAGAUCUUUGUCGUCAUCUGUACGUUUGCGGGCAAGGAAGAGUUCUCGACCCUCGCUGAACAGCUUGGUCGGCGGUUGGAGUUCCAGUUUGCGGUGUCUAACGCGUCCGAAGACUUUGUCCAGGCAUCUCAGUUCCGCAAGUAUGCCAUCUUGACGUAUUUAGCUGCGGCGAGGUUGGAGCGGAUCGCUAGUAUUUGGUCGGAGGAGAUGGCUGAGCAGGAGUCGGUACUGUUGGAGGACACGAAGCAUCAAGUAGACUCAUACUAUACUGUGCAUGCUCAAGCACUGCAGUCCUUUAUUGAAAAAGUAACGGUCUUCCGUUCGGCUACGAAAUAUGUCGAUGGCGAUCUCCAGCAAGACUCUGAUACCGGGACGUUCAAACUCGCGAACCUGUACGAUCGGUACUUUGAGUAUGCGUCUCUUCUCGCGUCACAGGGUUUGGUCGAGGAGGCGACGGUGUUUUUGAAGCUGACGCCUAGUGGUUACAAGGGACCUGGGAGUGUGAUUAGAGAGAGGCUGCUUACGACAAAGACGGAGCCGGCGGGGACCAGUACGAUUAAGAUUGCUACGAAGGCUCUUCCGGCUCAAUCUACAACGUACUCUGUUUAUCCGCCGUCGUUUUCUGCAGGUCCUCAGACGGCGGCGACAGGUCCCUCUCCUUAUACGUCCUCGUUCUCUGCGGGUCCUCAAUCAGCGACGACAGGCGUUUCUCCUUAUGCGCCGUAUGCGCCGUCUGUCCCUGCUCCUACGAAUCCUGCGUAUGCGCCCCCAUCGAAUGUGGGAGUGCCAGCUCCUGGGUUCAAUACGUUCACUCAGGGACAGUCGUUGACGCAGCCGCCACAUCUCCGUGCAACUCUUCCCCCACGUCAGCCUCCUGCUCCCGUUCCUCCUCCUCCCAAACGUACCGAAAACGGAGGAUGGAAUGAUGCGCCGGUAGUUGAUAAUUCGCGUAGCCCUAGCGCACCUUUUCCGUCCAAACCUGCUGCGAUUACCUCGCCGUUCCCCAACUCUACCCCGGAACCUACGCUUGGGGGACACGUCCUGCCGCCUCGUCCUGGUAGUGUUGGUGGUGCUAAAAUGCCGCUCCCGCCUCCGCCGGCUCGGGGGAUGUAUCCUCCUCCUGUGAGACCGCCUUCUGGGGCUACUAGGAUCACGUCUCCGCCUCCUCGAUUGCCGACGCCUAGUCAGUACGCGCCUCGUGCGCCGGUAGCGGGACAGACACCUCCUUCAGGCCAGUUUGCUCGUGCCCCUCAGCAACAGCACCAUCCUCAUCCUCCUCCCCCAUCGGGACCGUACAUUCGUGCUACUCCGCCACCAGGUCCUGGACCGUACGCUCAUGCUUCUCCUUCUGAGCAAGCUGGUCCGUACGGUCCUGCUCAGGUCGGGCCGUAUGCUCCAGCGCAUGGUGAUGGAGCAUAUGCGCCUCCUCCGAGUGUUCAGCCACCGCCUAUGAAUCAGGCGCCUCCACCACCACCGCCGCCGCCGCCGCCAGCAGCAGCAGCAGCAGCAUCUCGUGCAGUAAAUGCGCCUCCUGCACCAAAAUAUCCUCCUGGGGAUCGUACGCAUAUUCCUGAUAACCUCCGUCCUGCGUAUGAGAUUCUGUCUGCGCAGUUGAGUCACAUGAGGCAGGUCACACCGCCUACGCAAAGACGCAAGGUGGACGAUGUAGAGAGGCGGGUCAGUCCGUUGUUUGAUGCGUUGAAUUGUGAGACGUUGUCGAAGCCUGUUGCUGAUCAGCUGUUGGUGUUGACGAGAGCGAUGGAAGUUCAUGAUCGGCCUGCAGCGUUGGCGAUUCAUGUGGAUUUGUUGACGAAAGGGUCGCAGACGGAUGAUAUUGCGUUGUGGAUGUCGGGUGUUAAGCAGUUGAUUAUGCGGUUGUAGGAUUUGGAUAUGUGCUUUUUUUUUCGUUCUUUUUAGAAUGGACGACAAUGAAUGCUUUAUUAUGAAGGCGAAGCCGGGGUUUCUUGUUAUGUGGGCCAACGUUAAGGGUUGCAUUAAUUUUUGACUGACAAGAUAGAGAUCAGCGAGAAGGACUUUUUGACUCGUAGUUCGAGCUUAAC